AUGUCGCAUGAACUGCAAAAGCCGAUCCUCCGAUGGGGCAUCAUUGGAACUGGCCUCAUUUCAUCCUGGUUUGUGAGUGACAUGGUUGUCCCACGGGCAGACGCGACCGCAAAGCAUAUCAUUCAAGCGAUCGGAUCAUCCUCGGAGGAAAAGGGUCGGGCAUUCGCCCAAAAGUUUGGGGGUGACGCAACUCCAUCUAUCUACGGCAGCUAUGAUGCGGUCUAUGCAGACCCGGAGGUUGAUAUUGUCUAUAUUGGAAUCCCACACGCGUUCCACAAAGACGCCUGUCUGAAAGCGAUCAGCCAUAGGAAGCAUGUUCUUUGCGAGAAGCCCUUUACCUUGAACGAGCAGGAGGCGCAGGAAGUUUUUGAUGCAGCCAAGAAGAAGGGAGUUUUUGUGAUGGAAGCGAUGUGGACCCGAUUCAUGCCAUUGACUGAGCAACUUCUACGAUUGGUCCAUCAAGAGAAGAGGAUCGGUGAUGUGCAUCGCGUAUUCUGUGACUUUGGUAUGCUCAUGGAUCUUGACAGCUUGCCUGCUACUUCGCGUCUGAAGGACCCGGCAUUGGGAGCAGGAACUCUGCUCGAUAUCGGGGUGUAUUCCCUGACAUGGGGAUUGCUGGGACUGGACGAGGGCAUCGCCAGCGCAGCCUUGACCCCACAGGUGUUUUCGGCGCAGAGUAUCAGCGAGGGUAUUGACGUUACAACCUCGAUUGUGCUGCACUACCCACAGAACGGUCGCCAGGGUAUUCUCACGUCGUCCAUGAAAGCCAAGUCGGACCCAGUGUUCGCUCGGAUCGAGGGAUCGAAAGGCACUGUUUUCAUCGAAGGAAUUGCUCCGUCUCUGCCACGCCGGUUUACGGUCGUUUUCAAUGACGCUGCUGCAGAGCGCCAGAUUUAUGAUGCUCCCCCGAAGGUGGGGAAAGGAUUCUUCUAUGAAGCCGACGCGGUGGCAAACGAUAUUGUCGCGGGGCGAGUGGAAAAUGCCACCAUGCCCUGGGACGAGACGCUCCGGGUGCUCGCCCUGAUGGAUGGCAUCCGCGCUAGGGGUGUUGGCCAGGCUUCAAAAUGA